CCCACCCCGAUGUCGUUAUCGGCCCUCGAAGGGCCCCGCUAUCGCUAUUACCUCGCCUAUCCGCCAAUUCUAGGAAAUUUUGCCAGGUAAGACGCCUGAGAUAGGUAUCCAACCUACGACUCUUCGCCAUACCUGCUUCGUUAUGAGUACAUAACGCCAAUCCAUUCUUUACGUAGUAUAGAUAUUCCGAUUACGUCUACUAUUAUUCUUGUGCCCUUUCGGACUUACGCUGCGUGCCCGGGAGGAGGAUUGAGAGAUCAUGUCGGGUACAUCGCCCUUUCUCGACCCGUCAUCUCGAACGGCGCCGAAUUCUCUCGCCCUCGCCCACCUGUCCCGUGAUGACGUCCAACCUGUCUACCUCAAAGCGGCCUCGUGUUCUAUUGACGGGUACGUCGAGGGCGCGGUCAUCAAUACGCGGUUUGGGUCCUUUCCACACACAACGUUAAUUGAUAAGCCUUGGGGCUCUCAGAUACGGGCAUCCGUUGUCGACACUGGUUCUCGAGGUAGAAAGCGGAAGCUCAACGGCGCCGCUAGCCGUGAAGUGCCGGAGAAUGACGUCGUCGAGAAUGCCGUCUCUAGCUUAGGCCUAGCUAAGAAUGUCAAGGCUGCAUCAAGCGGCUUCAUUCACAUUCUACCGCCCACGCCGGAACUGUGGACGACUAGCUUGCCGCAUCGAACGCAGGUCGUGUACACUCCCGACUAUAGCUACAUCCUACACCGCAUCCGUGCCCGGCCCGGCAUGAAGAUCAUAGAGGCUGGCGCGGGAAGUGGCAGUUUCACACAUGCAGCAGCGAGAGCAGUCUACAACGGCUAUCCCAAAGACGUGUCCGAUAAUAGAGGGAAGGUUUUCAGUUUCGAGUUUAACCAGGACCGAUAUCGACAGUUGCAAGAGCAGGUUCGUGAACAUGCUUUAGACGGGAUCGUCCAGAUCACCCACCGGGAUGUAUACAAUGACGGCUUCCUCAUCGACGGCGAAAGCCCGGAAGCUGAAUGUAUCUUCCUAGAUCUUCCAGCGCCGUGGAAAGCUCUCCCCCAUCUGUCACGAACAAAGCCCACGUCAUCCCAGCUCUCAAGCAGCGGUCUUGACAACAUAAAUAGCACCGCGGUCGAAUGGAAAUCCCCUCUGCGCGCCGAUCGGACCGUCUAUCUCUGCACCUUUUCGCCGUGUAUCGAGCAAGUCACCAAGACCGUUGAUGUUAUGCGUCGGUUGGGUUGGGUAGAGAUCGAGAUGGUAGAAAUCUCACACAAGAGAGUUCACAUCAUGCGAGAAAGAAUCGGGUUGAGUCUUCCACCCGGGGAGAGGGGCAUGAAUCAAUCGGCAGCCGACGUUGGAGAGGCUAUUGCGAAAUUGAAAGAGGUCGAGAGUCGGUUCAAGAGUUACCACGGCCGUACUCAGGAUGUCGAUAUGACUACGGAUGAGGACCAGGUGAAGGAUGACAGCGAAUCUAUUCAUGGCGGUGGCGCAACAGCGAUGCCGGUCGAGGAAGUUGGAGAAGCGAGGUUAGCCAAACCCUGGAUGAUUGGAAGGCUAAUCCACCGAACCGAGCCUGAGCUCAAGACGCACACAUCGUAUCUCGUCUUCGCGGUGCUCCCGCAGGAAUGGACGGAGCAGCAGGAGACGGCGGCUUUCGAGAACUGGCCUUGCGGCAUGGAAAGCAGGGUGAUUGGCAGCUUAGACAAGGAGGCACGGAAGCAGGAGAAGCGGGAAAUGCUCAAAUCAAAAAAGGCGAAGAGGGAGCUCAGCACUAAGGAUGAGGGCACCCAAGCUUCGGUGCCGAAGAGGAGCAAAACUUCAUAGCUGCAAAGCUCGAAGGAAUGGGCAUAUGUUAUGAUACCCCCGAUCAGAAAUAGUGAUCACUAAAUUAAGACCGACCGUGGACGACUCGCUGCCAACCCAUCCCCAUCGCGCGAAGUACCUAAGGUACCUAUAUUACUGUGCAAUGGUAUCAGAUGAGAGAGAGACCACCGACCAUUGACCAAGUUUCCUGAACAGAGACAAUACGGACAAUGGGCGUCGCAGACGUUCUAGUGUAGGAUUUCCUAGAUAUGGCACGGCGGCGGUUAAAGUGACUCCCAGUGCCGUACCUAAUGGGAUUUCCUGGAUUGGUCGUCUAUGCGGUAAUUGGGAAUGUGAAUGAAGGGCGGGACAGACGGGUUUCGUUUUUUCUUCUUCCUCUUAGAGCACUUGGCCGAGCUACUUGAAACGGAACUGGCGACUGUAACAAGUUGGCCUCGAGGAGGUAGGUUGCUUGACAAGUUGACGUGCUUUUACUCUCUCUCUCUCUCUCAAAAAAAAGGGGGGGGAGGGGAAGGGGGGAUGAAAUGAAAUGAAAUCAGGCCCCAGGAUUUCACUU